GCACCGAAUCAGGAAAAAUCUCCUCCAGCAAACACUCACGAGAACAGAACAAGACGUGCAGUAAGUUAGCAGGCGAUUCAGCGCGAGCCGGAGUGCGGGCGCACGACCACAAACUGCACCUGCAGCAGAGAUCCAUGCACUGAUAGUGUUUCUGGAGGUUUUGUUGUUUUCUGAGUCGUCGAUUCAGGAAGCAAGAACUAUCAAGGAAGGAAGGAAGGAAGGAGGAGCAGAAGUUUUUCAGCCGGACUGAGCUCGUGCUGUUGGAGAGGAAGGGGGGCCGAGGAUCGGUAGGAAUGUCCCAGAAGAAGAGACCCGCUUUCUACCGACAAGAGCUUAAUAAAACCAUAUGGGAGGUACCUGAGAUAUACCAGCACCUCACUCCGGUCGGUUCUGGUGCUUAUGGAUCCGUAUGCUCGGCGUAUGAUGUAAGGACGGGCCUGAAGGUCGCUGUGAAGAAGCUGUCGCGACCUUUCCAGUCCAUCAUCCACGCCAAGCGCACCUACCGAGAACUGCGGUUGCUCAAGCACAUGAAACAUGAGAAUGUGAUUGGCUUGUUGGAUGUGUUCACACCCUCCACCACCCUCGAGGAAUUUACAGAUGUGUACCUGGUGACUCACCUAAUGGGCGCCGACCUCAAUAACAUCGUCAAGUGCCAGAAGCUGACAGACGACCAUGUGCAGUUUCUCAUCUAUCAGAUUUUGCGAGGCUUAAAGUACAUUCAUUCGGCAGACAUCAUCCACAGAGACCUGAAGCCCAGUAACCUGGCUGUAAAUGAAGACUGCGAGCUUAAGAUCCUGGACUUUGGCCUGGCGAGACAUACAGACGAUGAGAUGACCGGCUAUGUUGCCACGCGAUGGUAUCGUGCGCCUGAGAUCAUGCUCAACUGGAUGCACUACAACAUGACAGUGGACAUCUGGUCUGUUGGCUGCAUCAUGGCUGAGCUUCUCACUGGACGGACUUUAUUUCCUGGCUCGGAUCAUAUUGAUCAGUUGAAGCUUAUCAUGCUACUCGUCGGAACCCCAGGGCCCGAGCUUUUGAUGAAAAUAUCUUCGGAGUCUGCCAGAAACUACAUAAAUUCUUUGCCACACAUGCCAAAGAGGAACUUCGCGGAUGUAUUCAUUGGUGCCAACCCGUUAGCCGUGGACCUGCUGGAGAAGAUGUUGGUUUUGGACACGGAUACACGGAUCACGGCCUCCGAGGCACUGGCCCACCCGUACUUCACGCAGUACCACGAUCCAGAUGAUGAGCCUGAGGCCGAGCCGUACGACCAGAGCUUCGAGAGCCGAGAGCUGGACAUCGAGGAGUGGAAAAGGCUGACAUAUGAGGAAGUCCUGAGCUUUGAGCCCCCCGUGUUUGAUGGAGACGAGAUGGAGUCAUGAGUCUGUCCUUCAUCACCUGGAGUGACAGAAGCUGCCUCAUAACCACCUUUAAACAGGAAAAAAAAAACACAAACAGCAUGACAUUUAAAGGAACAGUCUGACUAAAUACUGUUAAUGUCCAUCAUGAAUGGAAGCUGUAGCCUUGAAUUAGCAUCCUGCAGAUAGAACUGUGCUAAUUGGUGGCCACCAGGUUCCAUUCAUGGUUUACUGACAUUAGCGUAGUUUUGGUUAUAUUGUUCCUUUAACGUGCCUGUGCCAUCAUUCAGUACUGGUUUCAUGAUUACCAGAGACUAUUUACACGUGGAGGAAAAAGAAACACACACACACACACACACACACACACACACACACCCCUCCACUAUGGACACUGAGAAUGUAGAGUAUUACUGAGUAAUAUUUUUUUUCUCUAUUGCUGUUAUUGGUUCUGUUUCUUUCUAUCCGUUUUUACUUCUGAAAAUGUAAUUUUAAAAUGAUAGUGGAAUUUUCACAAGAAAUAUUAUUAUUAUUAUUAUUUAAAUUUGAUCCUGGGCAGAGGGAGGGGGGAUUAUCAAUCUGUCUACUACUAUCAAACUUUUAGGCCUGUAGUUUACUCACAAAAGUACGGUCCCUGUUUUUUAGCUGGUAUAAUAACAAUGGCCAUGAGGCAUUGUUAAGACACGUUUAAUGUUUUUUAAAGCUGUAGAUAAAACAUUACACUUGUAAAUAAAUGAGAUUGUGCAGGGAUGUUAGUUUUAAGGAGUUCCAUCUGCUGUUGUUUAUCCAGAGAAGGAAUCAUGAAUUGAAUCGAUCAGUAAAUGUAAAGUUGAUCACGUGUUUUGCAGACUGAGCUCGUGUCUGUGUAUCAGUGCUCUCCUUUUAUCUCUUAACCUCAAAGUUUAUCCUCGGAGACUCCAAGUGAUCCAUGUUUUUGCUCCUAACCAGCCCCAGGCACAUCGUUCCAUGUGUUUGGUGCAUUUGAUUGCUUGAUUUUGACACCUUUUGAGCUGGAAGGGAACAAAAAUGUGGAGAGUCCUCUGGUUUUGGGAAACGCCAUGCAACUGCCAUACUUGGUUCUUCCAAAUUGUGGAAAAUGUAUCUUAAAUAGUGCUCGAUGAGCAAAAGAAUGUCCGACUUCCUCCUUAUACCUGGGCUGUGGGUUGAGGGUUUAUCAUGGGAUUUAGCGAUUUAUAAAUAUGAAAGUUCACCAGAAAUUUCAGAUGCAUCAUGUAUUUGUUUCUUGUGUCAUCUACCGAUGAAAUGUACACCUGACCGCCUGUCUUUCAGCCUGACCAUUUGGCCUUUUUUUUUUUUGUGCUGUAUCUUAUUAUUUAUAUCAUUUUUCAAAAUGUUGAAAUUAAUGUCGAAGUUGCUCAGUCAGUCGAAUGCAUAAAUUACACUGUGUCAAGUGUUAAGGGAGUCGUAACGGAUUGCUCCAGUACAAUCCUGUCUCUGGGUAUCCUGUAAGGUCAUAAUCUUCCAUCAGGAUGCCUUUUUCUCACAGCCUGAUCAUUCUCAUUUGCUGGUAUUUUGAACAGGUCUCAGUGCUCCUCGUGACCGUGUCAAUCUGAGCCAAAAUCUAGGGUGAGUGUGAUCCCAUUUUAGCACAGAGUGCCAACUCCAAGAAUGUGGGUACAUACCAAAAGUUAUACUACUCUACUAAAUAAGAUAAGACAUACAAACAUGCAAGUGGCAUACUAUUUUGAUAUUCCAGUUAAUGGGGUUUGGGACACAGACUUUUUUUUCUUUUCUUAAACGCAGUAAACCGUGCCAGCAUCUAACUUAUUAUAUUAGUAAAAAUGUUUGUUAAAAUUAUUUUGAGUGUGUUUCCAUGGUGUAGAUUAUUAAUUUCAUUCUGCAAUAUUCUGUUAUGAGCAUGGUUAGCAAAGUGUGAAGGAAUGCAAGGCUGUUUUUGUAUGUUUACAAUAAUUCAUUAAAAUUACAAAUGUGGUCAGUCAUACACCAGGUUAUCCAUUACUGUAUUGUUUUCAUGUGGUCUAUUUGUAAUACAAAAGGAAAGACACUUGUCCUUUUGUACCACUUGGCUAAUUCAUCAGUGCAAGCAGCUGACAACCUGUAAACCACUGGUAGUACAAUAAAGGCAAUUAUUAUUUUUCAA